AUGACACAUGCUAUUAAUUUACAAUCAGAUUAUUCAUCAAAAUUAAACAAUAUUGAAAUAUUAAAAGAUUUAAAUGAUAAUCGUAUUCAACAAUCCGAUGUUAUUUGUACUUGUACAGCAAGUGAAGAAGCUUUGAUAGGUCUUAAACAAGUGAAAAAAGGCGUACAUAUUAAUGCUGUUGGUUCAUUUCGUGAAACAAUGCGUGAAUUAGCUGAUGAUCUUAUGUUAUCAUCAGAUACACAAGUUAUUGUUGAUAGUAAAGAAAGUGCAAUGAAAGAAGCUGCUGAAUUAGGUGAAUUAAUUCAUAAUGAUAAAUUUUCUAAUGAUAUAUUCAAUGAAAAAAUAACAAUUUUUAAAUCAGUUGGUAUUGCUAUUGAAGAUCUUGCAGCAGCAAUUGUUCUUUAUGCAUCAUUAAAGAAAUGA